AUGGAAGAAAGCCCCGACGCCCCGGAACCUCCUCUAUCGGUUCAAGACCAACGUGGUUCCGAAUUGGACUUGUUUUCAAUUCUUGCGUCCUUGGACUCAUACUCAACCGCUAUCGAUGAAGGAAAGGGUAUCGCGAGGCACCUGAACGUACCUCUACUCGGCAGCAGAUUGGAAGACAUCAUUGGCGGCUCCUUCAGCAGCCCUUGCCCACGUAUCGUUGAGACAAAUGGUCCGAUGAAUGACUAUGGAGUUACUCCGGGCUGGGUAGAUCUCAUUCGGGACGCAAGACCUGGCCAGUUCGAACCCCAUGGCAAUGAGAUGUUUCAUUACCGUACGCAAGGUCUGACAAUAGAAAUGAAAAAACAUGACCGGGAAGCAGUUUGCUCUCCUGUUUUUCGGAAGAUAUUCUGCUCGGGGCCCCUCCCUGAGGAUCUGAAAGCAGAGCAGGAGACUAUUACUGCCCUGCUAGGCGACAUGUCUGAGCUGGGUAAAGAUAUGAUACAAGCAUUUGCGAAGAUCCAACACGUCGUGAAACAACUCAAAGAUUAUAGCAGCAAUCUCUCGGAUUCGACCGGAAUCGCACCCUCCCCCCCUGAGCCUGUUGGCCAGGGGCCGAUCAUGUCUUCACGGCUUUCAUCUCUCGGAUCUUCAGUUGGGAAUUCGGGGCAAAUCACGCCGCACGGAGCCCCUGCUGCAUCUGAAAGAGUAACCAUUUGCACAAACACCGGGGGGCCAGGCGUGCUUCCCUCACAGCCUCGCCACCGCUGGACCAGGGCAGAGAAAACAGCAUAUGCGGACUUUAUGCGUGGCCGAUGUCAUAUGUCCUGGCCAAGGAUAGCAGACGAUUACUGGAAGACCACGGGGAAUCGGCUUAGUGUUAAUUCUCUAAGGCAGCAGGCUAAGCGAAUGGGAAUCCAAGUAGAGUGUGGAAUGCCGGAAAAACCUUCGAAAUUGAGCCGAUCGAGCCGAUCGAGCCCCUUGGUGCUGAAGGUCAACUUCCCUCCGCACUCAGGGAAGCCGGCCAAGAAUGAUCAACAACCAAAUUCCAUCGGGAUUAUGCAAUAUGGAGACGAUGGGGUAGGCGACAGACCAGAAGCCUCCCAAACGCAUGGGCAUAACACUGAGCCCAAAUACUCGGCGCCGAAUUCACCUUACUCACCCCAAGAUAUACCCAUUUCCAACGACAUGCGCAACCUUCAAAGUCAAGGCUCCGGCCAAGAUUCUGCCGGCCAGCUGAACUGGAUAUUAAACUGA